AUGGCGUCAACAGCCCCGUUGAACGGAUUGAAAGUCCUGGAACUCGGUGGACUUGCACCAAGUCCUUUUGCCGGCCUCGUACUCGCAGACUACGGAGCAGACAUCGUGCGCAUUGACCGUCUGAUUUCUCCUUUCGGUCCACCUCGAGACACACUCUGCCGACGCAAAAGAUCAGUCGUUGUGGACUUCAAAUGGGAAAAAUCUCGUCUCGCGUUCCUGGAACUAACCAAAGCCGCCGAUGUCAUUAUCGACCCGUACCGACCUGGCGUCAUGAGUCGUCUGGGACUCGGGCCAGAGGUGCUCUGCAAACUGAACACGCGGUUGAUAUAUGCUCACCUGCAUGGAUUUAGACCAGAUGGAUUCUAUGGAGCCCGUGCCGGCCACGAUAUCAACUACUUGGCGGUAGCAGGGAUUUUGUCGCUACUUGGACGGAAACAGGAAAAUCCCGCACCCCCUGCAAACAUUCUGGGUGAUUUCGCUGGUGGAGGUCUUGUUUGUGUGGUAGGAAUACUGAUGGCUUUGUUACAUCGACAAGUCUCAGGGCAAGGUCAGGUCGUCACUGCUAGCAUGGUCGAUGGUACUGCUUAUCUGGCCACCUUUGCUCGACAGCAACUUGGUCAUCAGAAUUGGGAUAGGCCCAGGGGAGAAAACUUGCUUGAUGGAGGAGCUCCAUUUUAUGAAGUGUACAAGACGAAGGACGGGCGGUUUAUGGCGGUGGGGGCCCAAGAGCCUCAGUUCUACCGGAAUCUCAUUCGAGGGCUGGGUUUAGAGGAAAGCAAGAUGCCGAAACAGUGGGAUCGAGCACAUUGGCCGGCGACAAAAGAGCUAUUCGAGAACGUGUUCCAGCAAAAGACGCUGAGUGAAUGGCGCCACGUCUUCGAUCAUGUCGACGCUUGCGUGAUGCCAGUUCUUAAUAUGGAUGAGACAGAAGAACCGCUUCGUCCCUUGGUAGAAUUGUCAGAAUCACCCAGCCUGGAUGUUGAAACACAAGAGUCUUAUCCGGAGUUGAAGAAGGGCACCGGAUCUGAAGAUGUUCUACGAGAAUGGAUUCCAGAAAUGCAGGGGCUGAUUGACAUAGAUGCGUCAUCUCGUCUUCUGACUCUCAAACAAGCCCCCAAGCUAUAG